CCUACCAUAUAAUAAAUUGUGUUGAGAAUCCUUCCAUCGUAUUCCGGAAGAUUCUUUGUUGGUAUAAAAGGUAGAAAUUCGAACGCCGGCCGGCAGUUUCGCAGUUUGUCUUUUACGAGUUUGAUCGAAGUCGGUGUAUAAUAAAUUAGAGAAGUUUGUGCUUUAUAACAAAAUGUCUCUCAUUCCAUUGAUCUUCGGCGACUACGAACCGAUGUGCCGCCCAUCCAGAAUCCUGGACCAACAUUUCGGCCUGGGCCUGGACCAUGACGACCUCUUCCAACCAUUAAACCUGAACAACCAAAUCUUGACAAGAACUCCGGCAGGUUAUCUCAGGAACUGGCGCCACAACGCUGCUAAUUUGGAUUCUGGUUCUACAGUUCACUUUGACAAGGAUAAAUUCCAGGCCAAUUUGGAUGUGCAGCAAUUCAAGCCUGAAGAAAUUACUGUCAAGGUCACAGGGGACAAUGUACUUACAGUGGAAGGCAAGCAUGAAGAGAAGCAAGAUCAGCAUGGUUACAUAUCCAGGCAUUUUGUAAGGAGAUAUGUGUUGCCGAAGAACUGCCAGAUGGACAAAAUUGAAUCGAAACUCUCUAGUGAUGGGGUUUUGACCAUCAGUGCCCCCACUGUCGAGAAGAUGGAGAUUGAGCACAAGUCCAUUCCAAUUACGCAGACUGGAGAGCCUGCCAAACAGCAAAAGGCUGUCGAACCAAAGAAGUAGACUGUACUUACUAACAUUUAUAUGUAAUCAUAUUUUCCUAAUAUUUAUUUUUUCUAUUACCUGCAUAUAUUUAAGUGUGUUAAUGAUUUAAGUAAUGUUUCAAAAAAGUAAUUUUGUUAAUUUUAAUAAUGAAUAAACAAAUAAACAGUUUUUUCCUUCA